UUUGCCAACAGCUAAAUAACGACCGAGUCCGAACUGGGUGUGCUUCAAAGGGUCCUCGGAGGCGGGAGAUAUAUCGCAGCAGUGUCUUUUGAGGCAAUUGCAUCAAAAUCUCGUGGAGUUAGGAUUUGAUAAGGAAAGGGGGAUAAAAUCCCGUGCUUAUUAAUACUCUAUUCAAUUGAAAAACGGGCUGACUUCUCCCUGCGUUUGAGAUGGAAUUCUAUGAGCGGGGAAAGGGAAACAGCACCCACAUACAUAUGGCGAUUCCGCCGCUCAUCGGAGCAGCAGGCCUGGCCUAACUGCAAAACUGUGGGGCAGUGUGACUGAAACUAUCUCCACAUACCAUCAACCAAGGGGGAAGACUGGAACCAUCUUCAUCUGUCAAGUACUGGUACUCAACAUGCUCUUAAGCGAUAAGAGAAUUUGAGCGCGGUUGGGCGGUUGAGCGGGGAUGGACAAGUACCGGGUACUUGUCCAUGCGUCAUAAUGGAACCAAGAAAUGAUUUUACGGAACGUAUGGUUCCUUGAGCCGAAGCCGAUAUAUCAAGCUUAAAACCCCGCCACUGCUGUCAUAAUUACUCACACUGCGUUCAUUUCUAUUGUUUAUAUUCUUUUGCCGAACUUGCUGUUAAACACCGCCAAAUCUCUCAUUCUGCUUGAUAGGCACUUUACACUCUUGUUCCUGUCUGUACUCCGGUCGUGCUAAAAAGUAUCGAGUCGAGAUUGAGGACUCAAAUCGCCAUAUCAAGUCGUUGCGAGGCGUAUCUCAACAUCGAGAAACCGAUGGGUUACCGCCGUCGACAUCGUUAGAAUCGAUCGGAAUCUGAGUUAGACAGGCACAAGUGUCGGAUUCGUGUUGAGGGGAUAGCCACCAAACGGCUCUUCCUCCACCGCCAAUACGACCAAUGCCACCGCAACGCCUACUGCAAAUCGGCUCAAUGCCCCCGAUGAAGCCUUUCCCACUAUACAGCUCUUUAUUCUUGCACUAUGCCGCCUGGCUGAACCCAUCGCCCUAACCUCCAUCUUCCCUUACUCAUGGAUAAUGGUUAAAGACUUUCACAUCGGCCGUGAAAACAAUGCCUCCUUCUACGCCGGAAUUCUCAUUUCUGCCUUUGCUCUGUCGGAGAGCUUGACAGGCAUGUUCUGGGGUGGGCUGUCUGAUAGAGUUGGCCGCAAGCCAAUCCUGCUCUUCGGCUGCGUAGGUACCAUGCUCUCUCUGCUUAUAGUCGGGUUUUCCACUAGUUUUUGGGUAGCACUACUUGGUAGGGUCAUCGGUGGAAUUUUGAAUGGGAAUAUAGGCGUGAUCCAGACAAUGGUGGGAGAGUUGGUCAAGAAGCCAGAACAUGAACCCCGUGCCUACGCGGUUAUGCCAUUUGUCUGGUCUAUCGGCACUAUUAUCGGCCCAGCAAUCGGAGGCUACUUCGCAAGACCCGCUGACUCCUUCCCGGAUGUAUUCUCCCAUUCUGGAAUUUUUGGCAUUUUUCCUUACCUUCUCCCCAACAUUAUUUGCGCGUUGUUGCAGCUCAUGAGUAUCAUAGCAGGGUAUUUGUUCUUGGAAGAGACACAUCCCGACCUACUCAGGGGUGCAGCGGCUGUCGAACAUCCACAUGACGAGGAGGAAUUUGGGGUACCACUGGGCGCAGUGGCUACAACUGGCUCUACAGCUCACGCCUCAGCUGAUCUGCGCGCGAAAUCAUAUGGUACUUUUAACGACGUGGAAAUGCACAAUGACGAAGAAUGGGAUGUUGAGCCGGACGGAAAAUCCCUCGAAAGUUCUGCUGCUGAAGAACCUAAGGUCUUCACGUACCGCGUCACCAUGCUUGUGAUCGCAUUGGGGAUAUUCACCUAUCAUUCCAUGACGUACGAUCAUCUACUACCUAUAUUCCUCCAAGAUGAAAGAUCCGGAACAGCCUCCACAAUCUUAAAAUCACCAUUCAACAUCCCCGGCGGCCUGGGCCUUCCAGUUCAAACAGUCGGACUAAUCAUGGCCGUCAACGGUAUAAUCGCCCUUCUAAUCCAAGCCAUACUCUUCCCACUCCUAGCAGAGUGGCUGGGCGUAUGGAACGUCUUCGUGCUGGUUACCGUCCUACACCCAAUCGCAUACUUCAUCGUCCCCUUCUUGGCCUUCCUCCCGCAAAUCCUACUUUUCCCUGGGAUAUAUAUUUGCCUGACGAUCCGCAACAUAUUCUCCAUCCUAGACUAUCCAGUCCUAUUGAUCCUCAUCAAACAAGCCAGUCCGUCACACUCCGUGAUCGGUAAAAUUAACGGUCUCGCCGCUUCUGCCGGCGCAGCGUGUCGAACAGUUGCGCCGCCGGUUGCCGGGUAUCUUUAUAGCAUUGGCUCGAAAAUCGAAUUCACUGGCCUCGCAUGGUGGGGUAGUGCGAUUGUUGCUAUUGUGGGAGCUUGUCAGCUAUACUUCAUGCAGGGCAAGAAGCACACGACCGUGUCGGUUACGGCGCCGGAUGUCUUUCUUCAUCACCCUCAUCAUGGGGAGGAGGAAGAGCCAUUAAUCCCCGAGAUUGUCCAUGUUACUGUUCAUGAUAACGCUUAGCGGGCUUCGAUUUUCCCUUAGGUUACGCUUGCUUAUUUAGCCUCGUGAAUUGGGUUGAAAUUGCCCCUUACCUGUCCUUCUGCCGUGCUUCUUGCCUUUUACUGGUGGCGUUACUUUACUCCUUGCGGAUGAUGGAUCAAGUGACAUAUGGUUAUACUAUUAUUAUUAUUCCCCCAUAAAGAGUAUUAUAAAUAAUGUGUCUAUGGGUGAUGGCUAGUUUUGUUUUCUUCCGUUUUUUCAAUCUCUACUUUAUAUGUUGGAUUUGAUACUCUUGCGAGGCAAUUGAUUUUAUUUUAUCAUACACUUUUUUUUUUUUUUUUGGAGAAUUGUUCACGCUUUACGUGAUUUGGUUUUAAUACGGGGUUACAGUACACUACACUCUCCCAAUCCAAUUACUCCAAUUGAUAUUAUUAUUGAUUUUCUUUCCCCGUAGUAUCUAGCUGAAUAAAAUAAUUCUAUCAUUCUCAACUUAACGCUAAUAUCAUGUGGUAUAAUCAUGCUAGACCAUAUGUAGUUUAGCUUUAUUUACAUCCGUUGCUCCCCAGAACAAUGCCACAGCAACGACCAUCGCAAAC